AGAUUACAGUCCAGUCGUGUAGGUAUCAGGUUACCGGCCGGUCCGCGGGUAUCACAUUUCACCCUGUGGGUCACUCCUACAGAAUCGCCGCUGCGAUGACUCGAAAAGCUAGUGUGGAUUUCAGGGGGCUGCGGAAGCCCAGCUACGGAACCAUGAGCAUCAACGGGCUUUCUGGGGAACAUGGGGACUCAAAUGGCGGCGAAGUCAUGGCAGCAGCCGCCUCAGACUCCUGGUUUGAGGACCUGAUCGGGUCAAGACAUGUCCGAUGUCCGACUUGCAACGGUUCGGGCAAAAUACCCAAAGGACAAGAAGACAAGUUGGUGGCCCUGAUUCCAUAUUCAGACAACAGACUCAAGCCCAGAAGAACGAAGCUUUACGUGUGCCUCGCCGUGUUUACGACAUUACUGGCCUGCGGUCUGCUGAUAUUUUUCCUGAUGCCGAGAGAAGUUCAGGUGUCGAAUAACCACAUCAAACACAUCGACGUUCACGUCAACAAGACUCAGGGCACGGUCUGGAUUUAUAUAGAGAGUGAAGUAAACGUGACAAACUGGAAUUUCUUCCCAGUCACCAUGGGCAGUAUGAGUCUGCAGGUUCUGUACCACGAGACGGUCGUGGGGAAAUCUCUGUCUGUCGCUUCUGAUCAGGUCCCCAUCAGAGCACACAAACAGGUGAAAGUUGCUGUAAACACAACAUUCGAUGAUUCAAAGGAUCUCGGAUACGUGGCGGAACUGUGCUCCAACCCUAUAGACUGGGUUCACCACCUCAUCCUACAGUUACAGAUCACCUGCAGUACGUCUUACCUGUCCCACUCGGAGAACCUCACCCUGACAGACUACGAGUACGUGGACUGUGGCACCAUCAUCCCUCCUGUCACCAUUCCCCCCAUCAACAUGGAACCCCCCCAGUUGUUGUAGAGGUCACCCCCCUCCCAUCCCCCAUCACCAUCCCCCCCAUCAACAUGGAACAGCCCAGGCUGGCAUAGAGGUCAUCCCCUCCUCCCACUGUGUACAUACAGGUCACCCCCCUCCCCCACCAUGUACAUAGAAGCCCCCCUAAUCAAUCUCCGUCAACAUGGAACAACCCCAGCUGCCCUAGAGGUUGCCUCCCCCCCCCAUCCCACUUUGUACAUAGAGGUCACCCCCCCGCCCCCUUGUAACAUUAUACUUGUGUUACUACUGGUAUUAGUAGGUGUUACAUGUAGGCCUGAUCAAAUGCUGCUCCAAUGCAAAACUACGUGAUGUUAGGUUUUAUUAACCUUCAGGUGUGUUUCACCCAUAGAGGCCACACUCGACUUGUAUUAUUAUUGUAAAGCUUCCAUUUAACGUUAACCUUUUUCCAGCUAAUUUGUGCUGAAUCAUUUUGUAAAUUUGUUGAAUUUGGUGCCCAUAGCAGCAAUGGGGUUAAGAAUUGUUUAGAGUUAAAAACUUAAGAUCCAACACAAAAGUUCUCUCACCUAGAGCUUUUGACCAGUCACUCUGGUCUUCCUCAGUAGACUGACCCAGUGAGGCUUGUCAGGUGGCUUCUUUGAAGUGUGACGUCAACACUGGGUCAAAGGUAUCUGGUAGACAACAAUGUCAGCCCCCGUCACGGUACAGUGUAUUAUUAUUGUAUAGCUUCAUUAAACCUUCUUCCAGCUGAAUUGUGCUGAAUCAUUUUGUAAAUUUGUUAAAUUUGGUAGCCACGGCAGCAAUGGGGUUAAAAAUUGCUUGAAGCUCAAGUUGUAGGAAGGAUUUUGCAGGGUAAAAUUGACAUUUUAGAUUAUUAACGUUAACUUAACAGAUUGUGAUAAUGUCACCGAAGGAGUGUUACAGUCUUACAGAACCACGUAAAUCUGAAUAUUUGUCCUUAUUCACUCCAACUUUCAUUCCUUCCCUCAUUUCCCUUUCUUGCAGAAUACAAAGUUUAAAAUGUGACUAUUGUGAUUGUAAAUGUAUUAUUUAUCCACAAUAUACAACAACUGCUCCAUAAUAGUACUUCACUGAAGGGUACUUUUAUAUUAAAGCCUUACAGAAGACUACGGUAUUAAAGAAGUAAACCUUGCAGGCAAGUUUCUUCCUGCAUGUAACAUUAUUGUAUUACUGUAUUUAUUAAUAAUUAUCAGUCAUUUAAUUGCCUAUUGUGAAUAUUGUAGGGAUAACUAAAAAACAUAUCUGUACAAUGUGUGUUCAUUCUAGAAGUAGUAUGGUAGAAUAGUAGAAAGAUGUGAUGACACUGAAAUGAUAUGAAUUGCUGUUAUUUGAAAUGCUGCUUGUAAUUUUGUCCAGUUUGUAUCAUUUUCAUAUUUCAUGUUUCCCAUCCGCUUAUUUUGUUCAUAAAGGGAGUUUUCUUGUAAUUUGCAGAAAAUACAUGAAUUGUUUUAUCCCUUCCUUGUAUAGAAUAAACUACAGAAGUGA